GUGCGUCACAUGAGGGAGACGGAGCCAACAUGGCGUCUUCAACAACUGUGCCGCUACUGUUUUGUUUAUCAUCAUUUUCAUUGCAAAUUAGCUCUUCCAGACUUUUACCUGAGCCUUGUUACAAACCCAUCAGAGACGACAGACCAGACUCUGUCAAGUAAGUGACGAAAAAAAUGACACAGGCCCGCCCACAUGAGUAUGUGAAGGUGUCGGACCUUCCUCUGUCCUGGGACUGGAGGAACAUCAAGGGGAAGAAUUAUGUGAGCGUCACACGGAACCAGCACAUCCCCCAGUACUGUGGGUCCUGCUGGGCCAUGGGAGCCACCAGUGCACUAGCUGACCGUAUCAACAUUAAGCGUGGAGGAAUGUGGCCGUUGGCCUACCUGUCAGUCCAGAACGUGAUAGACUGUGGGAGGGCGGGCUCCUGUUAUGGAGGAGAUCACCUGAGAGUCUAUGCCUACGCACACGAGAGAGGCAUUCCUGAUGAAACCUGCAACAACUACCAAGCCAAAAACCAAAAGUGUGAGCAGUUUAACCAGUGCGGCACUUGCUCCUUUGAAUCAUGUGCUGUUGUGAAGAACUACACUGUGUGGAAAGUGGGAGACUAUGGAGAGGUUUCUGGAAGAGACGAGAUGAAAGCUGAAAUCUACACCAACGGACCCAUCAGUUGUGCUCUGAUGGCCACCGACGGCCUGGAGGAAUACUCUGGGGGAAUCUUCUCAGAGUUUCACCCCCUGUCUUUGCCGAAUCACAUCGUGUCUGUGGCUGGUUGGGGUGUGGCGGAGGACGGGACAGAGUACUGGAUUGUCAGGAACUCCUGGGGGGAGUUUUGGGGAGAACAUGGCUGGGCAAGAAUAGUCACCAGUGCAUAUAAAGGACGAAAAGGCAAUUGGUUCAACCUGGGUAUUGAGAAAAACUGUGCAUAUGGAGACCCUAUUGUAACAAAGAAUCCUCAUUAAACUGAUAGAACGAC